CUGAUUUACUAAGAGAACCGAAGCUCCUGCCUUGUCUACACUCCUUCUGUAUGACGUGUUUGCCCUCGCCCUCAAGAAAUCUGGCCAUGCCCGACCCAACGGCGAACUCCCUGUUUGACAGAGCAACGAAACCACUCAACGUAAUUCGAUGUCCAGUAUGCAGGCAGGAGUGUAUGGAGGUGGACGUCAUGGAGAACUUCUUUGUCAAGGACUCUUGGGAGAUUCCUAGCUCUGUUCAGAGGACUGUCCAGAUCUGCAUGAGCUGUGAAGACAACACGGAGGCCUCAGCGUUCUGUGUGGACUGUGUGGAGUUCCUGUGUUACACCUGUGUGGAGGCGCACCAGAGAGUCAAGUUCACCAAGGACCACACCAUCCGGCAGAAGGAGGAAGUGGCUGAAGAAGCCCGUGGCGUGUCCAAUCAGAGGCCAGCUUUCUGCGACAUCCACAAACAGGAGCCCCUGAAGUUGUUCUGUGAGACGUGCGACCUGCUGACCUGUCGGGACUGUCAGCUGCUCAAGCACAAGGACCACAAUUAUCAGUUUCUCGAAGACGCCUACAAGAAUCUCAAACGACACAUGGAGACCGUGACAAACCAGCUCCAGGAGAAGAAGAAGGUUGUGGAUGAGAUGUCCAGCUCAAUAGACAAGGGACUCUCUCAAGUGGAUGAAAACCGCACGCUGGUUCACAAUGAAAUCAAGAAGGCCAUCUGCAGUUUGAUAUUAGAAAUUAACAGAAAGGGAAAGAUUCUGGUGAAUCAGCUGGAGGCGCUGACGAAGGACAGUGAGACCGUUCUGAAGAAACAGAAGGAGGACAUUGGCUACCUGUCCAGACACCUCGAUCACGUGAUUAAUUUCACCCAAUGGGCAACAGCCAGAAACAGUAGCACUGCCCUCCUGCAUUGUAAACGCUUGAUUCUGUUUCAGAUUGGGAACCUGCUGCGGGCCAAAUGCAAUACCUCGUUUGCACCGCAGAGCACUUUGCGCUUCCAGUGUCGCUCGGGGUUCUGGGCGUCCAAUGUCGACCUGGGCUCCUUAGUGGUGGAGAACCUCCCCAGCCACUCUCUGGGGGUAGGCUACCAGGGCCUCCAUCAGCAGCUCCCCCUUCCCAGACAGGGCCCCCAAGGCUCCCCCUCUGGCCCCCCCCCAGGGCCUCCACAGGCCCACCCAGCCCCCCACAGCACCUUGGCCCAGCUCCAGCUGCAAGUGGAGAAGCUGGCCCAGCAGCCUCACUGGCAGCCUCCUCCCCCACCCUGGUCCUGGUACCAGAGUCUGGGGCUCCAGAAGCCUGCUCAAGGACCCCUCCAUGUGGGCUCCCCAUCCCAGACUGGCCUCCCCAUGCCCCAACCAGGCCGGAGGUUCAUGCCUCCACCUUCCAACCACCUCAGCCCCACAGGCAGUCUGCCCAGCCCUGGGUUUGCACCCCAGGCGGUCCUGCCCCUGAAAGGAAUGACUGGCAGCUCUGGUUACCAACCCCCGGAUCCCUUCCAGCUAUCCCCUCUCCAUUCCCACAGCGCCCCCCUCCUCAGCAACAGCAGCUUCAGCUCUCCUCACUCUCAUCUACAGACAGAGUCUCUGUAUCUAAGCCAGAGGACCCAUGGUGUUGGUCCUGUACAGAUACGAAGACCCAGCUUCUCCCAAACCUUACCACCCUUCCUACCACACAGGAACGCAGAGGGACUGCAGAGUUCCCAGGGGCUGCCAGCUGUGUCCCGGGAGGAGAAACCAGGGAUUGUAUCCUGGAGGCCAGCAGAGACGCAGUCCAGCGCAGCUCAGACCUCAGCUGCCAAGAGGAGAAGAAGAUUGUCCCCUGGACCCAUCAUCGUCAUUAAAGACGAGCCAGAGGAGGACAUGAGCUAUAUGCAGGCCUACCAGAAAGCCAGCCUCCCAGACAGCACAGGGGUUCAAGCCCCUCCUCACCACACUGGAGAACACAUCCAGACUCACCCCAACCCUCCUCACCACACUGGAGAACACAUCCAGACUCACCCCAACCCUCCUCACCACACUGGAGAACACAUCCAGACUCACCCCAACCCUCCUCACCACACUGGAGAACACAUCCAGACUCACCCUAACCCUCCUCACCAUGCUGGAGAACACAUCCAGACUCACCCUAACCCUCCUCACCACACUGGAGAACACAUCCAGACUCACCCCAACCCUCCUCACCACACUGGAGAACACAUCCUAACUCACCCCAACCCUCCUCACCACACUGGAGAACACAUCCAGACUCACCCUAACCCUCCUCACCAUGCUGGAAAACACAUCCAGACUCACCCUAACCCUCCUCACCACACUGGAGAACACAUCCAGACUCACCCCAACCCUCCUCACCACACUGGAGAACACAUCCUAACUCACCCCAACCCUCCUCACCACACUGGAGAACACAUCCAGACUCACCCUAACCCUCCUCACCAUGCUGGAGAACACAUCCAGACUCACCCUAACCCUCCUCUCCACACUGGAGAACACAUCCUAACUCACCCUAACCUUCCUCACCAUGCUGGAGAACACAUCCAGACUCACCCUAACCCUUCUCUGGAUGAUCAGGCUAAGACCCCUCCACAACCUCCAAAGAUCGGAGAUGGCCCUGCCCAGCCCGACGGCCCUCAGCAGACAGCUGUGGCCCCAGACCUAGCUCCAGAAAAGGACCCUAACAGAGACCGCUGUGCUGUGUGCCAGACGGAAGGCAAGCUUUGGAGUUGUGACAAAUGUCCCAAAGUCUUCCACCUCACUUGUCACAUCCCAUCCCUUCCCACAUCUCCCAGUACGGAGUGGCUUUGCACUUUCUGCAGAGAGCCGUCACUGCCCGAGAUGGAGGACGGCCGCGUCAGACAACCAGAGCCUGUGAAGGAGGAACCCCUCUCUGAGCCCAGACUCUCCCCGGUGAACAGGACGAAAUGCGAGCGUCUGCUGCUGUGUCUGUAUUGUAGCGAGCUGAGCGCACGCUUCCAGGAGACUCCCCUGGUAAUGCCAGAAGACACAGGGGCCGUGAAAGCACAUAUGAAUCUGGCUACGGUGAAGAACAGGUUAGAAAGCCCAUCGAGCCCAGACUACCACAGCCCUGCCCAGUUUGUGUCAGACGUCAGACUCAUCUUCAGAAACCCUGCGGCCCAUCAAGAGCCUGGCUCUGAGGUGGCCACAGCUGCCAGGAAACUGGAGCGGCUGUUUGAGGAGCAGCUGAAGGUCGUCUACCCUGACCGAACCUUCCCAGAAGUGAAGACUGAGGUCACAGGUCCCGUGACCCCUCCGGUCUCUCCUCCGUCCACGCCCGGCCUCGCCCCGGCCGCUGAGCCGCUCAGCAGGUGCUCGGAGCCCCGGGGCGCAGCCUCUCCGAUAAGCACCACGAGAGAGGAGAGGGAAGCCGCAUAAAAGGCGCAAUUCAUCUCGACGAAUCGUAUCUUUCAUCACUCCCUGAUGUACUGUCACCUUUCAGUCGAGUCCUGACCCAAAAGCGGUCGAUCUCUUGAGAGGGACAGAGUAAUUGUACUUAGCUGCAGUUUUCUUUUUUUUUUUUGGGGGGGGGGGGGGAUGAAGGAACUAUUUUGCACAAGAAAUGUGAAACAGGGUAUCAAACCGUUGACUCUCCUGCAAUACAACGCAUUGUUAUGGAUGAUGCAGUUUACAGUAAUUGUGUUGUAAUACUGUGACUACCAUGACAAUUACACGGAGAUCGAGAAAAAGGAAUUCUCUCCCACUGGUUUGGUGUUGCGCCAUCCUGCCUGGCAGAAUCUGGUUCUUGUAAAGACUUUGUGAAUCUUACAUGGAACAGAAGACUGUGACAGGGUCAAGCCCUCUUAGACCAGCAAACUGAAAACAUGUUGUAGGAAUCAAACCAGCCUGAUAAAGCCUAAGACGAUGUUUUUAUUGUGAAACUGCAUGCAUGACAUCAUGAAGAUGUUAGUUCUGUGGUUUAGUUGCUCACUGUUUUUGGACUGUUCUUGGUUACUUUAUUUUUGUUGUGAAAGUGCCAUAACGUACAUCAUUUAUGUAUUUAUUUGAAGGUUUUCGUGUUUAUGUUGCACACGCACUUUAUUAUUAUUUUUAGAUCCCUUCUGUUGUAAAAACAUAUCACCUUAAUGGAACAACUUUUCAUUGUUUGCCAGUAUGUGUGACUUUAAAAUAAUUUUACUUUUGUGAGUCACACUGCUGUUUGCUGUAACCUUAAUUCUGAUGAUCAACAUUUGAUUGGAUGCUGUUCAUUCAUCUAUGAUAGGAUGGUUAGUAUGUUUUUACAGACAGUACAUCUGUUAGCGUGGGUCAUUUAUAUACCUACUUUUUUACGACCAGUACCUUGAAAACCAAAACAUUUGGUCAAAUAUAAUGUGCAUGCAAGUUAACUUGCAGUCGUUCAC